UGAUUUUUUUGAGGUUAGGAUUUUCAUGCAUUAGUAUUUGCUCAGAUUUUUUGAGGUUAUGAUUUUCAUGCAUUAUUAUUUGCUCAGUAUGCUCUGACAUUUCAUCAUGAAUAGACUUACUAACGAGCAACGCUUGCAAAUCAGUGAAUGGGCCCUAGAAAAGUUGGCAGAAAAUCCGCUUUUUUAUCGACAAAUUUUGUUCAGCGAUGAGGCUCAUUUCUGGUUGAAUGGCUACGUAAAUAAGCAAAAUUGCCGCAUUUGGAGUGAAGAGCAACCAGAAGCCGUUCAAGAACUGCCCAUGCAUCCCGAAAAAUGCACUGUUUGGUGUGGUUUGUACGCUGGUGGAAUCAUUGGACCGUAUUUUUUCAAAGAUGCUGUUGGACGCAACGUUACAGUGAAUGGCGAUCGCUAUCGUUCGAUGCUAACAAACUUUUUGUUGCCAAAAAUGGAAGAACUGAACUUGGUUGACAUGUGGUUUCAACAAGAUGGCGCUACAUGCCACACAGCUCGCGAUUCUAUGGCCAUUUUGAGGGAAAACUUCGGAGAACAAUUCAUCUCAAGAAAUGGACCGCUUUGGAAGACAACAUUUCCGAAGAAAUUCGGGCUAUUCCGGCCGAAAUGCUCGAAAAAGUUGCCCAAAAUUGGACUUUCCGAAUGGACCACCUAAGACGCAGCCGCGGUCAACAUUUAAAUGAAAUUAUCUUCAAAAAGUAAAUGUCAUGUACCAAUCUAACGUUUAAAAUAAAGAACCGAUGAGAUUUUGCAAAUUUUAUGCGUUUUAUUGUUUAAAAAAGUUCUCAAGCUCUUAAAAAAUCACCCUGUACUAUCCAAGACAAUGGUUCUCAAUAUUGAAGAAAUGACUUGAAAUUGGAUUACCAAU